ACCAGAGACGCGCCGCUCCGCUGGAUUUCAGCCGGUAGUCACUCAGUCUCAGCUGGUGACCGUCGCUCCAGAAAGCCCUCGGGGCUCCGCGGAUUGUCGGAUACAUUUUUACAGUGUUUUUGGUUGCUUUGUGUGAUGGAGCGGAAAGUGAAGGACAUUUGGUUGCAGUGUAAAUGACUGCGGAGCAACAGGCACCUGGGUUGGAAAACUCACUGAGGGCUUUGGAGGAACUGUUGCGCACAAUCCUGCUGCGAUGUCCCUGCUGUGCGUCAGAGUAAAGAAAGCCAAACUUCAUGGCCCACCAGACAAAUUCAAUGCCUAUGUUACACUAAAGGUCCAGAAUGUGAAGAGUACAACCAUCACAGUCCGUGGAGACCAGCCAUGCUGGGAGCAGGACUUCAUGUUUGAGAUCAGCAAUCUGGACUCUGGCCUGGUGGUGGAGCUAUGGAACAAAGGUUUGAUCUGGGAUACUAUGAUCGGUACAGCCCUGAUACCCCUAGACACCAUUCAUCAGUCUGAUGAGGAGGGACCAGGAGAAUGGACAGCUUUGGACUCUGAGGUUUUAAUGAAGGAGGAUCAGAUCUGCGGCACCGUCAAUCCAACUCCACAUCAAGUGCUGCUAGACACUCGCUUUGAGCUUCCAUUUGAUAUCCCAGAAGACGAGGCACAGUACUGGACCAGUAAGCUGGAGAAGAUCAAUACUAUGCAGAUACACGAUGAGUAUCCAUUACCAGGAGAUGUUCAAAGAAGAAGAAUGCCAUCUAUGCCCUCACAGUGCUGCAGUUGGAGUUAUUUUGGAUGGGGUGACCAGCAAACAUAUGAUGACCACGACAGUGCAGUGGAUGAUCGAGACAGCGACUACCGCAGUGAAACUGGAAACCGACCACCACGGUUCCAUAACACUUCCCAGAUGAACUCAUCUGUCCAUCAGUACCCCAUAGGCCGUAGAGUCCAGCAUCAAAGCCUGUCAAGGGAGUCUGAUUCUGUACACAGUUAUGAAUUAGACUAUAGGGAAAUGAGGGCAAGCAGUCCUUUGGACAGCAGCCACUUUGACUCUUCAGGGAACCUGAGCCCUGUCAGUUCUCAGCUUAGCUCUGAACUUGAGGAUCGCCUCCAUCUAGAGACCGUCUCCCCCAGGCAAACCGGGGCGCCUCUUCAUAGUGAGGCCUCAAAAUCGUUUGAAGAUGAAGAGCUGGAGAAAGAAGCAAAUGUUCUCCCAGAAGCUGGUGCCAACAUGGACCUGGAUGUCAUCUCUCCAAAGCCAACCUUGGAUAAUCACAACUCAAGUCUAACUAAAACCCAUCUCUUGGAUGAUGGCCCUCCACCCUGCUCCCCAUCUAAAGUUUGGUGGCUGAAAACUUACAACAAAGUGAGAGUAAAACUUCAUGAGAGCCAAGGGCAGGCCGCUGACCCCAGCAAGCAGCCGUGGGCCAAGCCCGGGGCAAACACACCAUUUGGCAUUGACAGCAUGCCAGACCUCCGCAAGAAGAGGCCUAUUCCUCUUGUUAGUGAAUUGGCUAUGACUAUCAUUCAGUCCAGAAAAGCCGGACUCACUCACUCUUUGGCCACUCGGACCUCACUAAAGGAUGAAGAGCUUAAAAACCAUGUUUAUAAGAAGACUUUACAAGCCUUGAUCUACCCCAUCUCCUGCACCACACCGCACAAUUUUGAAGUGUGGACGGCCACCACUCCCACCUACUGCUAUGAGUGCGAGGGCCUGCUCUGGGGCAUCGCUCGGCAGGGAAUGCGCUGUGCCGAGUGUGGGUUUAAAGUUCAUGAGAAGUGCCAGGAGCUGCUCAAUGCUGACUGUCUGCAGAGAGCAGCAGAGAAAAGUUCCAAGACUGGAGCAGAAGAUCGGACGCACCACAUCAUCAUGGCUAUGAGAGAUCGGAUGAAGAUCCGGGAAAGAAACAAGCCGGAGAUCUUUGAAGAAAUCAGGAAGGUGUUUAUCAUUUCUAAGAUGAUUCACGCCCAGCACAUGAAGAGCGUCAAGCAGAGCGUACUAGAUGGCACCUCCAAAUGGUCUGCCAAGAUCACCAUCACAGUGGUUAGUGCACAGGGUCUUCAGGCCAAGGACAGGACCGGCUCCAGUGAUCCAUAUGUCACCAUCCAGGUGGGAAAGACCAAGAAGAGAACAAAGACCAUAUAUGGAAACCUGAACCCAGUUUGGGAGGAAAAGUUCAGCUUUGAGUGCCACAAUUCAUCAGACAGGAUCAAACUCAGAGUGUGGGAUGAGGACGACGACAUCAAGUCACGGGUAAAGCAGCGACUAAAGAGAGAGUCUGAUGACUUCCUGGGUCAGACCAUCAUUGAGGUCCGAACACUGAGUGGAGAGAUGGACGUUUGGUACAACUUAGAGAAGAGAACUGACAAGUCAGCAGUGUCUGGUGCCAUCCGUCUUCAGAUCAGUGUAGAGAUCGAAGGAGAGGAGAAGGUUGCUCCAUACCAUGUGCAGUACACAUGCCUUCAUGAGAACAUGUUUCACUUCUCAACCGAUGUCGAGGGAGGCGGAAUGGUGAAGAUCCCGACAGCUCAAGGAGACGAUGCCUGGAAGGUCUACUUUGAUGAAGUUCAGCAGGAAAUUGUCGACGAGUUCGCCAUGCGUUACGGCGUGGAGUCCAUCUACCAAGCCAUGACACAUUUUUCUUGCCUGUCAUCUAAAUACAUGCUGUCAGGAGUGCCAGCAGUGAUGAGCACCCUGCUGGCCAACAUCAAUGCCUUCUACGCCCACCCCACUGCCUCCACAAAUGUCUCCGCUCCUGCAAGAUUUGCUGCAUCAAACUUUGGGCGGGAUCGUUUUGUAAAGCUCCUGGAUCAGCUGCACAACUCCUUAAGAAUCGACCUCUCUAUGUACAGAAAUAACUUCCCAGCCAGCAACAAGGCCCGUCUCAAUGACCUGAAAUCAACCGUAGAUCUUCUUACCAGCAUCACCUUCUUCCGGAUGAAGGUGUUGGAGCUGCCGAGUCCGCCCAGAGCAGCCAACGUGGUGCGGGAUUGUGUCAAAGCCUGUCUGAACUCCACCUAUGAGUACAUCUUCAACAACUGUUUAGAUCUCUUUAAUCGCCAGUUUCAACCUGCAAUUCAGGAGCCUGAGCAGGAAAAGAAGAAGAUAAAGAAAAAGAAAGAAAAAGCUGAGGGAGAAGGAGAUGAUAGUGAAGAAGAAGAGGAAGAGGAAGAGGAGGAGGAAGAGGAGAAGAAAGAAGAGAGUCAGCCAGAAGAACAAGGCCCGAGCAUCCAGAAUCUGGACUUUUGGCCUAAACUCAUCACGCUUAUUGUGUCCAUCAUCGAGGAAGACAAGAACUCAUAUACGCCCAUCAUUAACCAGUUUCCUCAGGAACUCAAUGUCGGUAAAGUCAGCGCUGAGGUGAUGUGGAAUCUCUUCGCUCAGGACAUGAAAUAUGCACUGGAGGUUUUGGAUAAAAUUGACCACUAUCACUGGAACAACGCUCCCGCCACAUUUUGCAUCCGCAGAGUUGAUUUUUAUGCUGAGCAUGAGAAGCAUAAGCUGUGUAAAUCUGCUGACUACAUGAACCUACACUUUAAAGUCAAAUGGCUUUACAACGAAUACGUGAAGGAGCUGCCCGCGUUCACAGAUGCUGUACCUGAAUACCCUGCGUGGUUCCUCCAGUUUGUUCUGGCCUGGCUGGCUGAGAAUGAGGAGGUGUCGAUGGACUUCAUGUCCGGAGCUCUGGAGAGAGACAAGAGGGAAGGGUUCCAGCAGACGUCUGAGCACGUUCUGUUCUCCAGUUCGGUGGUGGACAUCUUCACUCAGCUUAACCAGAGCUUUGAGAUCAUCAAGAAACUGGACUGUCCUGAUCCAGCUGUGGUGGCCCAAUAUAACAGACGCUUUGCUAAGACAAUCACCAAAGUUCUGCUGCAGUAUUGUGCAGUGCUGGCCAAGAGCUUUCCAGCCUACUGUGAGAAGGAGAAGAUACCCUGUGUACUAAUGAACAACAUCCAGCAGAUGAGGGUCCUUCUGGAGAAAAUGUUUGAGUCGAUGGGAGCAAAACAGUUAACUGCUGAGGAGGAAAGGCUUGAGAAUGAGGAGGAACCUGACGAGCGCGAUGAAGAGGCCAUUUCUGAGAAUGAAGGAGAGGAUGGCAUGUCAGAGGACACCAAGUCUGGUUGCUCAGACUCAGAGGGAUCUGAGGUUGACAACAAAGAGAAGGAGAAGGAUGACUCCUCAGCUUAUGAUGAGAGCGAGGAGGAGCAGGAGAAGCUUGACAAAGAGAAGUCUGAGUCCAAAAAGGAAAAGGCUGAAAAGAAGGACCAAGAGAAGCAGGAGGAGACCAUUACCAAAGAGUCAAAAGAAGAACUCAACAAGACUGAAGCCACAUCUGUGGUCACAAAGAAGCUGGACACUGAGGCCGCCAACAUCCUCAACGACCUUCAGGUGAAGCUCAGUACAGUCCUGGACAACUUUAGUGCCGUGUUUGCUAAAAGUUUCCAGAAUCGCAUAAACAGCUGCAUGCGUCAGAUGGCCGAGAUCCUCUACCAGAUGAAAGGUCCGCCCAACCACAACACUGCAGAGACAGACGCCGACAAUGCACUGCGGCCUCUAAUGGAGUUCCUGGAUGGAAACCUCAGCAUAUUCGCUGACAUCUGUGAAAAAACGGUGCUGAAGAGGAUCCUAAAGGAUCUGUGGAAGAUUGUCCUGAGCAGCCUGGAGAAGACCGUCGUCCUGCCUCAGUCUAAUGACAGCCUGGGAGCUCAACUCCUCACUGCAGCGAAAGGACUCUCUAAUCUCAAGGGAGGAGCUGAGGCCAAAACUUUGACACCUAAACAAUGCAUCAUUAUCGAUGCAGGGCUGGAGACGAUCAAGCAAUUCUUCCAUGCUGGAGGAAAUGGCCUGAAGAAAGCAUUCGUAGAGAAAAGUCCUGAGCUAGCUUCGCUGCGUUACGCCCUGUCACUGUACUCCCAGAGCACCGAUGCCCUGAUUAAGACCUUUGUCACCACACAACACUCCCAAGUGCACGAUGGGAUUGGCAUCAGAAUCACCGGCAAUGAGAAGAUUAAACCUGACAGAGGCUCAGGUCUGGAGAAGCCAAUUGGAGAGGCUAUGCUGCAGAUCGACAUGCUGCUCGGAAAAGAGCGCAAGAUCAACGUCCGUGUAAUUGCUGUGAACGAUAUGAAGUGGCAAACAUCUGGGAUGUUUCGGCCAUUUGUUGAGGUCUCCAUGGUGGGUCCCUUCUUGGCCGACAAAAAGCGCAAGUUCACCACUAAAUCAAAGAACAACUGCUGGACAGCAAAGUUCAACGAGACUUUCCAGUUUAUCCUAGGUAAAGAGUCUCCAGAUUGCUACGAGCUCCAUGUGACAGUGAAGGAUUACUGCUUCGGCCGGGCAGACCGGGUGGUCGGCAUGGCUGUGGUCCAGCUGCGCGACGUGGCCGACAGGAAGAGCUGUGUGUGCUGGUGUCCUCUUGGGCAGCGAAUUCAAACUGACGAGACGGGCAUGACGGUGAUGCGUAUCCUGUCUCAGCGGCCGGCUGAUGAGGUGGCAAAAGAGUUUGUGAAGCUGAAGUCUGAGACUCGCCCUGCAGAGGAGGGCAGAUGAGCAGAGCUUCAGACUUAGGACUGAAUGUUGCUAAAAUAGGGUAAAUGUUGAUGACCCAUCUCAUGUUUAUUUUCGGAAAACAGAGUCAGCAUGUCAGUUACUGAUCGUAUAUGUGUGAGUUACUGAUUGUUUAAGGCAAAGAGGACAUAAUACAGCUUACUUUGUAUGAGAUAAAGAGUUUAUUUUGAAGAUAAUGAAGUUAGGGGACGUUAGACAGUUGAUCUGAAUAAAAUCAAUACGAUCUUAAUCCAAAUACAAAUAUUACAUUUGUGUCUGCUAGUUACAGCCAAUGUUUUAAGGGGGAAAGAGCAGGCCUGUUUAAUAAAGGUAACUACAACUUUAAGGCUUUUAGAGACCUGAGGAAAAUCUUGUGUGCCAUCAGUACCACCAUUUACUCUAGAUCUCAUCUAUAACCACUUAAGGGGUAAUCAAAGAAAACUCCUCCUAUUUCACUAAUUGGUUUCAAGCUUGUUUAUUGUGAAUCAGAGCUUUCAUAACUUGGAUCCACCAAUUAACACUCCUAGCACCAGAUGUGUCUUAUAUAAAGUAGCUGUUUUAAUUAUGUUUGCAGAACUGCAGCAUAUCCCAACAAAAAAGGUCUCUAAUCUUUAAUAGUAAUUACUUUUAAGCAUUGAUUGGCUGGUGGUAGAUGGUGCAAAAUCACAUUGGAGCAUGAUGUUGUAGCAAGUUCUCAUUUGUGACGCCUUAAACAGGGGACAGUUAGCUGCCAAAGGUAGCUUUUGUUUACUUUUAAUGCUUGAGUUUUAUGAUUGAUCAGUCAAGCUUGUGUUAAUUUUACUAAACAUAAAGCUGUGUUCAAUGGUUUUAGUGAGAUGGAUUUAAAAAACCAAACACACAGGAAGAACCAUGUUUUUUUUCUGUAUGAGAUAGAGGAACAGAUAUCUUUUUUUCUAACAACAUUUAGAGUUUUUGCAAGCUGAAAAAAAAUAUAUAUAGAUGCUGCAACCAUGCAAUGCAUUUGUUAUGGCCUCGCACCUAUCAUCCAUUUCCAGUACCUUACUGGUGUUCCUAUAAUUAAACCUACAGCAUAGACAACACGAUAGAUCUGUCCUGUUGUGUGCUGACGACGUGCCAAGGUUAGUAAGUGUUCAGUGCGUCACAUUCUAAGGUUGAUUUCAGACAAAUGUGGCCUUUUGCUCUAAAAAUCCCAUAUUUUGCUACUGGCUUUUCAAACGCCACUUAACAACAGCGUUUAUUAAACGGAAAACAGUCUGCUUAUGUUAAAGACCCUGUUGGGAUCUUUCUCAUCGGCCAUACCUGGAGUGACAGCUGAACACUUGCACUCUUCUUAGAACAAACCUGUAAAAAAAUAUAAAGGCCUACGAAUAGAGCAUGUAUUUAUUGUACACAAAAUCCACUAGAUUUGUGAUUUUUUUUUUAAGUAUGUACUGUGAAACUGAGUAAAUUUCUGUAAUUAUAAAUAUCCUAAUGUGACAUAUGUUGAAUAUACUUGUAACAAUAUUUUGUAUAUAAAAUAUUUAUGAAUCAGGA